AACCGCGGUGGGCGGGGCGAGGGGACGCGACCGGCGUUGCUAUUGGCGGCGGUUGGGGGCGCGGAAACUGAACGCGCCGCAACGGCCGCGGCUGCCUCCUCGGGCUCCUGCGGCGCCUCGGGCGCCCGGGCCCCGCCAUGGCCGCGCCCUGUGCGGAGGACCCCUCGCUGGAGAGGCACUUUAAGGGCCACCGAGAUGCAGUUACCUGUGUGGACUUCAGUCUCAACACCAAGCACCUGGCCAGCGGCUCCAUGGACUCGUGCCUCAUGGUCUGGCACAUGAAGCCCCAGUCCCGAGCCUACCGCUUCACUGGCCACAAGGACGCCGUCACCUCCGUGAACUUCUCCCCUUCCGGCCACCUGCUGGCCUCGGGCUCCCGCGACAAGACCGUCCGCCUCUGGGUGCCCAACGUCAAAGGUGAGUCCACUGUGUUCCGAGCCCACACAGCCACGGUGCGGAGCGUCCACUUCUGCAGCGACGGCCAGUCCCUCGUCACAGCCUCCGACGACAAGACCGUCAAGGUGUGGUCCACCCACCGCCAGAAGUUCCUGUUCUCCCUGAGCCAGCACAUCAACUGGGUCCGCUGUGCCAAGUUCUCCCCCGACGGGCUGCUCAUCGUGUCCGCCAGUGACGACAAGACUGUCAAGCUGUGGGACAAGACCAGCCGGGAGUGUGUGCACUCGUACUGCGAGCAUGGCGGCUUCGUCACCUACGUGGACUUCCACCCCAGCGGCACCUGCAUUGCGGCCGCCGGCAUGGACAACACGGUGAAGCUGUGGGACGUGCGGACCCACCGGCUGCUGCAGCACUACCAGCUGCACAGCGCCGCCGUGAACGCCCUCUCCUUCCACCCAUCGGGAAACUACCUGGUCACGGCCUCCAGCGACUCGACCCUGAAGAUCGUGGACCUGCUGGAGGGCCGGCUGCUCUACACGCUCCACGGGCACCAGGGUCCGGCCACCACUGUCGCCUUCUCCAGGACGGGGGAGUACUUUGCUUCGGGCGGCUCCGACGAGCAGGUGAUGGUCUGGAAGAGCAACUUCGAUGUGGAUGACGGAGACGCUGCCAAAGGGCAGAGGCCUCGGGCCGCGCUGGCCAGCUCCUCCCGGAACCUGCCAGACGUGGACUUCCGCCUGCCGGGCAGAGCCAGGAGCCAGGAGUCGGCGCAGAGCGUGCCGCCGCCGAGGGAGCCCGCCAGCUCGCCGCAGGCGCUGACCAGCACGCUGGAGCACAUCGUGGGCCAGCUGGACGUCCUCACCCAGACGGUGUGCAUCCUGGAGCAGCGGCUGACGCUGACAGAGGACAAGCUGAAGCAGUGUCUGGAGAACCAGCGGCUAAUCAUGCAGAGAGUGACACCGUGAUCGGGGGUGCAAUCAGGAGCUCGUUGAUUCGGGGUGGCGGGCGGGUUUGUACUGUGGGACUCGGGUAAAUAAACGGGGUUCAACUCGGCACGAAUCAGGUCCGUCCCAAGCCCAGGGGUGUUGCCUCUGCCCGCCCUGGCGGCCCCGCCUAGCCAUGACGCCCAUCGGCGGCGCAGUGCACAGGCCUGAGGGACCGUGUCCGGCCCAGCGCAGGAGCCCCUGGGAGAUGUUUGCUGCGUCGGAGCUGAGUCCUGAGGCCCCAAGCCACCUGCUCCCUCGCCUUCGGGCCAUGUCCUCUGCCCCGGGCCGCUGUCCGCCUCAGCCUGGGCGGGACUCCUGGCGGGUGAGCCUGGAUCUGACUCCGACCGAUGCCCGUGCGGCCCUGGCUCAGUGGGUCCAGGAACAAGCACGCCAGCCUGUGGUGGCUUUGGUUUCUCCCUCUGUUCACAGGGCAAACAAAUCUGAACAUUAAACAGACUUCAC